UGCCAAGUUGCCAUUGGUGCAAGCCCUAAAAUGCUUUACCCGUUGCCUGCUGCGUCGCGUGGUGGGAACGGUUUGUCUUGCACUCCUCUCCACCGUUUAUUCCACUUUUUCCCUCUAAUCCCGUGGUGGCCUGAUCCAGAGCUCGACGAAUCAAAGCACCACCGAGGAUGACAAUACCAGCUGCUACGAAUCCUCUGUCUCUAUUUCGCCCAUGUCUGGCUGCUACAAAAAUUAUACCGUUGUCAUCUCCCCAUGCUUUUUCCCGUUGUCCCCUCAUUUCCUUCAAUCAUCGGAGCAACACGUCUCUCUUCAGAAGCUCCUGCUCUAACAAUAACGACGCUAAUGAUCCCUUCGAGAGUUUUUCAGUGCUCUCACUGGAUAUACCAUGGGAUGCUAAGAGCAUAUGGGGCACAUUUGCAGCAUAUUUUUUCAGUUUACACAUUCCUCUAAGUUUUGGUGGACUUUCAGUCAUUGCUCAAAUGCUUCAUCAACCUGUGCUUGACCCACUGACAAUGGCUUUAUCAAUCAACAUACUUGAAACAACAGAGUAUGUUGGGGCUUUGACACUAUUGCAUUACACAACCAAGCCACAAUAUAAGCUUUCCCGCUUCUUCCUGCAAAAGUUGCUUUCAGAACAAAGAAGCUCAAUAAAAGCAUCUGCUGUGGCUGUUGGAUUUCUGAUUGCAUUGGUUUUGUUCACUUCAAUUCUUGCUGAUCAACUAAUUGGACAAAAGGAUGUAAAUAAUCCCAUAUUGAAGGAGAUACUUUUGUACAGCCCAACAUCCAAGAUGGUAUGUUUUUUUCUCUACUGUCUCAUUACUCCGCUGCUAGAAGAGACUGUUUAUCGUGGAUUUCUUCUAACCUCUCUUGCCUCCACAAUGAAAUGGUGGCAAGCUGUCAUCAUUAGUUCAUGUAUUUUUAGCGCAGCUCACUUUUCUGGUGAGAAUUCUCUGCAACUUUUCCUCAUUGGCUGUGUUCUUGGGUCUGUAUAUUGUUGGACGGGGAACUUGUCUUCUUCGUUCACUGUUCACUCUGUAUAUAAUGCAGGGAUUUUAAUCGCAACUGCAUUGUCAUAGUUCUUUUAUAUAGUGUAAACAGAAAUGGUUUCCUUUUCC